CGGCGGAGUCUUCCGGGCACGGAAGAGAGGGAAGCGAGCGCGGCAGCGGAGGCGGGUGGCGGGACUCCGGCCCGGCCCAGCUCUGCCCAGCCCGGACGGGACGGGACCGGCCACGCCACGCCAGUCCAGUCCAGUCCGAUGGGGGAGAAGCGGAUCCUGUGCGUGGGCCUCGUAUGCCUGGACAUCAUCAGCGUCGUGGAGCGCUACCCGCCCGAGGACUCGGACUCCAGGUGCCUCUCGCAGCGGUGGCAGCGCGGCGGGAACGCCUCCAACACCUGCACGGUCCUGGCGCUGCUGGGCGCCCCCUGCGCCUUCAUGGGCUCGCUGGCCCCGGGCCAGGCCGCCGACUUUGUCCGUGAUGACUUCCAGCACUACAAGGUGGACCUCACCCACCUGGUCAUGCACCCGGCCUGCGCCCUGCCCACCUCGGUGGUGAUCAGCAACUCGACCAAUGGCACCCGCACCAUCCUGCAUGCUGCCAGCAACCUGCCCGAUGUGACCGCUGCGGAUUUUGAGCACGUCAACCUGUCGCAGUACAAGUGGAUCCACUGGGAGGGCCGGAAUGCCUCGGAGCAGGUGAAGAUGUUGCGGCGGGUGGAGGAGCACAAUCGCACCUGCCCGGCCUCUGAGCGAGUGACCACCUCGGUGGAAGUGGAGAAGUCCCGCCCGGAACUGUACCAGCUCUUUCCCUAUGGGGAUGUGGUGUUCGUGAGCAAGGAUGUGGCCAAGGCGCUGGGCUUUUUCUCGGCCUCUGAAGCGGUGAAGGGUCUUCGUGGGCGUUUGAAGCCAGGAGCCACCCUGAUCUGCGCGUGGGCCGAGGCGGGAGCGGAUGCGAUGGGGCCCGACGGGGUGCUGGUGCACUCGGACGCCUUCUCUCCGGAGAAGGUGGUGGACACCUUGGGGGCCGGAGACACCUUCAAUGCUUCGGUGAUCCUGGCUCUGAGCAGGGGGAGACCCCUCUCCGCAGCGCUCGCCUAUGGGUGCCAGGUGGCCGGUCGGAAAUGUGGGGUGCACGGCUACGUGGGGAUCGUGUGAACUGCCUGCGGCAACUCCUGCUGGGCCUGGAAUGCUCUGCCGAGCCACAGACUGGACCUCUCCCCAGGACACCGGCCAAGGGUGCUGGUGCCGCCUCCACAGAGUCCCCGCAAGGGGGGAGGCAGCUGGCCUGGGCUCCCUGCCAUUCCCAGCCCUGGCAACCUGGGGCUGUGUCUCUUGGUGGGCACGUGGCCCCUCUCUCCAUUUCGCCAGCCGAGGGUAAUAAAACGGUCAAAACAGUCAAA